AUGGAGCGGGGUGAAGCGUCCACGAGAUUGAGGGAGGCUAUUCAGCUCGAUGAUACCUCGCUGGUCCAGCGCAUGCUGAAGGAAUCACCGCAAUCGCUACAGAACCCAGACUUCUCUGACAAGAGCAACACGUCCUUGCACCUCGCCGCAUUGUAUGGCCACGCAGAGAUCGCAGAGUACCUGAUAUCACUGGGCCACGACAGAGAGGUCGACCCCGACUUCCAAGAAUACAUAUGGAGCCCUGACUGCACAAAUCUGGGUACUUCGAUCAACACUGAUGGGCAUAGUCCUCUGCACCUAGCCGCAGCGUAUUCCAGACCAGACUGUGUCGAACUGCUGUGCACGCAAUUUCCGAAAACAGUCAAUCGAGCAGAUAAGCACGGCCGCACACCACUACAUCUGGCAGCAGGCGCUCAUAUUGAGCCUAGAGUGGCUCUGCAGACCGCUCGACCCUCCAAGCCUGCCUCAAACGAGGAUGUGUCAGUGAUAGAGACACUGGUUGCACACGGAGCACGAUUGGAUGCGCAAGACUCGAAAGGAAACACCUGUCUGCAUUAUGCCACGGCUUGGGGAAAUUUGAAGGCUGUCAGAGCCCUUGUUGAGGCUGGAGCGGUCCCUACCAGCACGAACCGUGAGGGCUGGAAGCCGAAUGCUUACAGCCUUACUGUGCAGGCAGACGUCUACUACAAAGCCUUGGUCACCGACUGGGAGAAGCGGAGGGAGGAAGACGCACAGCGAGAGAGCGAGCGGUCGCAUAGCCGAAGCGUUCGUCUUGUCCAGGCAGACGAUGGCGACGACUACUCGAGUCGAAGUCGUGCCGGUAGCGCCAGAAGCCAUGGUACUAGCAACACUGACACCGGUCUGGGAAUCAGCGCACCUACUAUGGAGGCCUUCUAG